AUUGUACUACAUGGGCCGCCAUCUUGGCUAACUGGGCGAAGCUUUGUUGUAUUUGAUAUAUCGAACAACUUCAGCUAAAACUCGCUCUUAACGUUGAAGGCAAGGAUUGCUAAGCUAAAGGCGCCAUAGGAUACCAGGCAAACAUUCCAGUACGCCAGAUUUGCGUGGCGCAGGCAGCAGUGAGUUGUACGCAGAAACCUUGCAACAGGUUAGCAGACACCGUCUUGGCAGCAUUUGCAGCAUUAGCCUGCGAUUCCAUUUAAUCUGGUGAGCGCACUUUGACUGUAAGCAUUGAAUUUGAGAGAUAGCAAAGCGCUAUUUUGUAUAUCACAGUCAAACCUAUUUUAAAAGGAAUGUCUCAAGAAUCAGAAAACAAAAAUGAUACCAACAAUAACACCACUGGAAGGAGUGAGGAAGGUGGAGGAAACAUCUGUCGUGAUUAUCAGCGUGGUGUGUGCUCCCGUGGAUCAAAGUGUAAAUUCAAUCACCCAGAUGGUAUGGGAACAGAGGUUACAAACAGCCCAAUGAUUUGCAGAGACUUUCAAAAUGGAAAAUGCAGCCGUUCGACCUGCAAAUAUUUACACCUUUCUAACAAUGAAGAGAAGAUAUUUCUUCGCACUGGUCAAAUACCCCCUAGGCGUGAUGGUCCCUUCCCAUAUAGAGCAAGAGGAGAACCAACCCGUGCAGGACCAAGUGAUCCUGUUUGCAAAGAUUUCCUGAACAACAAGUGCACAAGAGGACAAGGUUGUCGUUAUCGCCAUGUCUUUGAAGAGGAAGGAGAAUUCAUGAGCCAUGGUUAUGAUGGUCAUCCCAGUAAACGUCGCCGUGAUUCUUACGAAGGACACAGCUACUACUACCUCGUGGAUGAAAAUGAAUCCCUUCGUCGUAGAUUAUCUGAUCUCCAAAGGCAGGUGGCUGACCUGAAGGCCACAAAUGAGGUUCUUUUGGAACAAAAUGCAAAGUAUCGCAAUCAGAUAGGGGAGCGCAGUAGCUACAAUGGUAGUGGAGGUAGCAGUGGCUCAAGGCCAGGUGAAUAUUCAUCAAGCUACAGUUCAAGCCAGUCCUACAGCACUUCUUAUCCUCCAAGGGAGACCUACUCUUCAAAGGAUGCAUACAGCAGUUAUGCCCCUCCAAAAGAUCCAUACUCCACAACCAGUCAAAGUGGUUCAUCUUAUAGCGGAUCAGGAAAUUAUACUUCAAACUCUGCUUAUGGUGCUGGUUAUACUAAGUUUGAUUAGAGGGGUUAUUGCUGAAUUUUUUUUUUAAUGAUUUUCUUGGAACUUGAUAUGCCUUUAGUCAUAAGCAGAGUCGAUUUUAUAUCAGAUUGGAAGUUCACUUAUUAGUUUGUCUGAUGUUUUAUGUUUGACAAUUUAGAUCAUUUUAGUCUUACUGCUUGAGAGAGCACAUGCAUCUAGACAUUGUCAUACAGUCAUAAGAACUGGAGUGGAUCUAGAUUUGUUUGGACAGUUUUUAUUAUAGCCCAGCAUUCUAAGAUUUUUGUUAUGAUACUUAGCACUCACUUUUUUUAUACACAAACAUUGUAGUUGUCUGAAUUGACAAAUCAGGUCCAUUCUUUUUGUUAGAAUUAUCAUCAGCAACUAUUAAUCAUUGGACUGUGAAGUUUAUCAUACCAGUAGUUCACCCUGUGUAAAUUGAUGACACAUAAGAGACAAAAGUUAGUAGUAGUCUCCGAGCCACAAAUAAAGUUGCAUGAAAAGUCUGUUUAAAAAAAUUUCAGACAAUAGUCCUUUUUACAGUUGUGUGCUUGGUUGCCAAGCCUUUGAACAGGAGU